AUGGCUGACGAUGUUGUUGUUUUUAAACGAGAAGAUUUACCUUCCACGGCUUUCCCUGUCAUUGCUGAUAUUCGGCGACAAGGGAAAUUGUGUGAUGUUGGAGAUCAGAGAUUUUCAGCUCAUAGAAUUAUUCUAGCAGCCAGCAUACCAUAUUUUAAUGCUAUGUUUACUCAUGAUAUGGUAGAAUCAAAACAAGGUGAAAUCUGUAUGCAAGGAAUUGACCCAAGUGCUCUGGAAUCACUAGUCAACUUUGCUUAUGAUGGUCGUUUACAAAUUGAUGCUGGAAGUGUGCAAUCUUUACUUAUAGCAGCUAGUUUCUUACAUUUACAAUGUGUUAAAGAAGCAUGUUGUGAUUUUUUACAAAACAGACUCCAUCCUCAGAAUUGUUUAGGUGUACGUUCAUUUGCUGAUCAAUAUAUGUGUACAAGUCUAGUUGAAGCAGCUAAUAAAUUCAUACAGAAUAAUUUUAAACAAGUAUCAGUAACAGAUGAAUUUAUGAGCUUAUCUAAAGCUGAAUUUGUAGAUAUUUUGUCCAGAGAUGAGCUCAAUGUCAGCAAUGAAGAACAAGUUUUUGAAGCAGCACUCUCAUGGGUAAAGAAAGAUUUAGAUAAUAGAAAGGACAUUUCCCUGAAGUUCUACAAGAAAUAUUUUGUGAUUGAAAAUUAUUUACUAGAUGAAGCUAGAGACUAUCAUUUAAUGCCAGAAAGACGUCCAUUAUUACAGACAUUUAAAACUAAACCAAGAUGUUGUACAGAUGUACCUGGUAUGAUUUAUGCAGUAGGGGGGCUCACUUCAUCAGGUGAAUCAUUAAGUACUGUAGAAAGAUAUGACCCAAUAGUAGAUAGAUGGAAAAUAGCUGAAGCUAUGAGUACUAUGAGAAGUAGAGUUGGGGUUGCUGUGUUGGAAGGUAAGUUGUAUGCAAUAGGAGGUAAUGAUGGUGCUGAAAGAUUGAAUACUGUAGAAGUUUUUGAACCUGAGAAAAAACAAUGGAAGAAGGUUGCACCAAUGAAUUGUAAAAGAAGUGCUCAAGGUGCUGCAGCAUUAAAUGGUCAACUAUAUGUAUGCGGUGGUUAUGAUGGUGUGUCAUCUUUAAAAUCAGUAGAAAUAUAUGAUCCCAAAACUGAUGUAUGGGCUAUGAUAACUGACAUGCAGAAGUUACGUAGUGCUGCUGGUGUAGCAGUAUUACAAGGUGAAAUAUAUGCCUGUGGAGGACAUGAUGGCCUAUCUAUUUAUGAUUCAGUAGAAUUAUACAAUACAGCACUUGGUUCAUGGCAGUCUGUAGCUCCUAUGCAGUCUAAGAGAUGUCGACUAGGAGUAGCAGCGUUAAAUGGUAAACUGUAUGCUGCAGGUGGGUAUGAUGGCUCUGUAUUCUUGAGAACAGUAGAAUGUUAUGAUCCAGCUGAAAAUAAAUGGAAGUUUGUGGCUUCAAUGGCUAGAAAACGCAGUCGGGUAUCAUUAGUUGCUACAUAUGGCAGGUUAUAUGCUAUUGGUGGCUAUGAUGGGAUAACAAAUCUCAAUUCAGUGGAAUAUUACGACCCUAGCACAGAUACCUGGAAAUUUGCUAAAAUUAUGUCUGCUCAUGAGGGAGGGGUAGGGGUGGGUGUCAUUCCUAUUGAAGAGUCAGUUUAG